CCGUCCCGUCCCCCCCGUCCCGGGCCCUCCCCGGGGGAGGCGCUCGGGGCCCGCGCCCGCCAUGUUUCCCGGCAGCGCUCCCUGCCCGCCGCCCGCCUGAGCCUCCCGGGGCCGGCCCGGCCCGGCCCGGGGCCGCCCGCCCUCCUCCGCCGCCGGGACUCGAUCGACAGCAGCUCCCGAAGGAUUGUCCGUGUGGCAGCGGGCGCCAGCCGGGACCCCCGAGGGAUCCGCGGCUACCGCGGCUGCCCUGGCUGCGAGUGCCCGAGGAGAGGCCGGUUCGGGCCGGGAGGGUCCCGGUGUGGCCAUGGGAGCGCUGGUCUGAGCUCUGCGAGGGACCCCCGGGUGCGGAGCCGAAACCCGCAUCCCCCAGCUGAGGACGAGGAGGGUUAAACCAGAGGUGAUCCGGUUCCGUCCCACAGGAGCGCUCCUGGCAGGCUCGGUGCCUCGGAGGGGCGAGGAUGGCUCAGGAGACGAACCAGACGCAGGUGCCUCUGCUGUGUACCACGGGCUGCGGCUUCUACGGCAGCCCCCGGACCAACGGCAUGUGCUCCGUGUGCUAUAAGGAGUUCCUGCAGAGGCAGCAGAGCAGUGACCGGAUAAGCCCUCCAGCACCCAGUGGUCCCAGCAGCAGCCCCAUGGCUUCCGAGGCCAUCGCAGGACAGUGCGUGGAGGGAGACUCCACACCUGAGGAUGCAAAAGCCAGCGCUCAGACUCCUGUGACCCAUCAGAUGACGGCCAUGAGCAUAUCCAGAGAGGAAACCAGCAACGAGACAGAAGAAUUCAACAAGACAGAUGAAGCUUCAUCAGCUUCUUCCUCAUCAGGUUCCCUGCUUGAGAUAUCCCAGAACACGGCUGAGGGCAAGACAGCUUCGGAAAAACCGAAACCGAAGAAGAAUCGCUGCUUCACCUGCCGGAAGAAGAUUGGGCUGACUGGCUUCGACUGCCGCUGCGGGAACCUGUUCUGUGCCAUUCACCGGUACUCUGACAUGCACGCCUGCCCCUACGACUACAAGGCAGAAGCUGCCGAGAAGAUCCGCAAGGAAAACCCCAUCGUUAUCGCCGAGAAGAUCCAGAAGUUGUGAAGGGGUCCGAGCAGCUCGAACUGCAGCCAGGCUGCCUGGUGCUCCUCCCCUUCCUCCCAGCCUUCCUCCUCUUCCUCCCAGCCCCUGCAGCGGUGCGAGGGUGACUCCGGCAGCGCACACAAACCGGCACCUGGACAUGGGGACUCCUCGCGCCUCUGGCAGUCAGUUGGUGUUCCUCCUCUCCCUUCCUGCCUGUCUGACAGCCACAGCUCAGCUGAUGUGUUCUCAACCAGCUUCCCAAAGGAAAAGGGACCGUCCUGCCCCGCUGCUCCGGCUCUAAGACCUUCACACUCGCCUCUUGCCGGGCACUUGCACAGCGUGAGCGGCCCGGCUCUGCCGAGCAGCCUUUCCUUUCCCGGCAGCUCCGAGUCCUGCAAACCAGCCAGGACUUGUGGCCGCAGUCCCCGAGCAGCCGCUGGACUCUGUUCCCUCUGCCUGUAAUCCCGGGAGCUGGGGGAUCCUGGCAGCCAGGCUGCCGUCUGCUCCCCGGGAGGUGUUUGCUCUCUGAUGCAGAAAAGUUGAUUCCGUAGUUCCAGCACCCCAGACCCCUCUCCCCACCCUCUGUCGACGCUGUUGGAGAAGCACCAAGGGGGCUGAGCAGUGAUGCUGGCACAGGGAAGAUAUUUUGUGGCUUGAAGUGACGUGGGCAGGGCAGGACCUUCAGGAGGUUCUGCUCGCUGCCUUGUGCCUCUCUCCACAGGGAGGGAGCCAGGGACACCCCUGCUCCAGUCUCCUGCUCCAGCACCCCUGGAUAACCCCGGCUGCUUUCCCAGCAAGGUGUGUGUCCCUCAGUGCUGCCUGUGCCUGCUCUCCCCUCUUUCCUCUCCCCUUUCUCCUCUCCCUGCUCUCCUCUCUCCCUGCCUUCUGCCUUACACGAGUCGCUCUCAUCAGGGUUGUGCACAAAGCUCAGGUCCCCACACCUCUGCUUCUGGACCUGUCCCUGCAUCCAGGUGACAGUGGGGUCCCCUCCUCCCACGUGGGCCAUGCUGGUAUUGGGGAGAGCUCGGGGAGCCCACCCAGCUGCCCUGCUCUGCCUCCUCCCUCCCUGUGGGACGAGAGGCAGGGCCAGGUCCCCAGGAGCUGCUCUGCAAGCCAGACAGAGGGAACUGGGGCACAGGGAAAGUCACAAGGAGGGUCCCAGGGUGCCCAGAAGUCCAGGUGGGGGCUCAGAAACACCCAUGGAGAGACCCAGGGAGCAGGGAGAGAUGCUUGGAGGGCUCUGGGCUCUCUGAGAGACUCAGAAUUCCCUGAGGUGCGGGAAGGCCCAGGGAGGGCUCUGGGAUGCAAGGGAAGGCAGAAGGAGAACUUUGGGGUACAGUGAACACGCUCAGAGGCCUCAAGCACCCCAAAAGCCACUUGGAAGGCUUUGGGGGUGCACACACUCACUCACACAGGAAGGGAGGUGUAGGAAAAACCAAAUGCCACUCAGUACCACUCCAGGAGUAACUGGAGGGCUCUGUUGGGAGGACCCGGGGCUCAGGGAUGCAGCACAAGGCAGGCAGAGGCUUCUGGGGCACAGCCACAGCCUCUUCCAUGCCCAGGGGAUUCCUGGGAACACCAGGAGCGGGGCUGUGGCCAUGGGGCUAUGGCUCUCAAGCAGAGAAACCCGAUGUGUCCCGGGGGACGAGCAGCAGCCUCUGUCCCACUCUGCUGGCCAUCCCACGCUUUGGAAGCGUUUCCCUCGGUGUCAGCAGAGCUGCAGGGCCCAGAUGGGGGAAAUCACAGCAGCUCCUUCCUUCCAAGGGCUGUUUGCCUGCCCUCCUUGUGGCAGUUCUGCCCAGGUGCUGGUGGGGGGAUCCCUCUGAGUGUUUGGUUUCUGCAGUCUGCUCCAGCCAAAGCAGUGUUUGCUCUGUGUCAGCUGCCAUCCUGUGCUGCUCCCAGCAGCAUCUGAACCUCCCAGACUGCUGCAAACCCCCCCUCCAGCACUGAGAGGAGCAAGGCUGCCUCUCGCCAGCCUUUUCCUCAGGUUUUUCCUUCUGGAUAACACUGACAUCACGUCUGGAGCACACAAGUGGCUGCACGUGUUACCCCUGGACACAGCUGGGGAGCUGGAGCUGGUGCGUGGCCAGGCUGGGUUUGCCACUGAGUUUUUGGCUGAGGAUGAUCCCUCACCCUCGGGGGAUGCAGGAAUUGCAGCCACCAGCCCCAGGAAGUGCAGCAGCUCCCAUGGAUCCCUUGGGAAAGCCCACAGCCACCUGCUUCUCCAGCACCGCCCUUUUCCCUGUUCUCCCUCCCUGUCCAUGAGUGUAAAUACAACACAGUCUAGUUUGCUUGGA